CUUUGCCCCCACCCUCUCUCUCUACUCUCUCCUCCCUCCCCACUUUUGCUUUCCCGUCGUCUCGUUGCCGACGUCAGAUCGAUCGCCUCGUCGUCGGCGCCGCAGUCGCGGGCGGGCGGGCGCGGUGGGGGUUAGGGUUUCCGUGGGGGGGGGGGGGGGGAGGGGCUCGGGAUCCAUCCAUGGCUUGGCCCACGGGAUGCCUCGGCUUCGAGGCCGCCGCCGCCGUCUGCCCCGCGGCCUUCCAGGCGUACCAGAAGUACUACGAUAUUGUAUCAGCGUUUUCAAACGUGAACACACGAGAAGGAUUGGCUGAGCUUUCACAAGUUAUAGAUGGCAUGGAAGGAUUGAGGGAUGCGAUAUUUAGUGACAUCCCCAAGCUCAUGUCAGCUCUUGACUUAGAUGAUGCUCACCGAUUCAGUAUCUUCUAUGAUUUUGUCUUCUUCAUUUCCCGAGAAAAUGGCCAAAAGAACAUCUCUGUUCAGAGAGCUGUGGGAGCAUGGAGGAUGGUUCUAAAUGGGAGGUUUUGGUUGCUUGACAGGUGGUGUAACUUUGUUGAGAAGUACCAACGUUACAACAUAACAGAGGAUGUCUGGCAGCAGCUGCUAGCUUUCAGCAGGUGUGUAAAUGAAGAUUUGGAAGGUUAUGAUCCAAAAGGUGCUUGGCCAGUUCUAGUUGAUGAUUUUGUGGAGCAUAUGCACAGGAUUUAUAAUUCCUGUGAUUGCUCCAGUGCGAUGGAAUCACAAUUGAACAUUUCCAAUACAUUUGGAGGAAUAAAUCCAUUACCUGGAUCAAAGAGGAAAUGCCCUACUCGUCUUAAACCUAAUGAGGAUGUGGACCUUUCGGAUAAUUUUACGCGCUCAGUCCAUCUUGCGCCUCUGAAACGGCUGAAGGAGAGCCCUGUCAUUACUAAGUAUGGAGUUUGGGAAUACAAUGCAGGUACUCCUUUGGUUCACAGUCCAUCAGAUUAUUGUGAUGAUGCAAAUUUGCACAACCCAAGAGGUUGUCUUCAGAACUCACCUUCUAUCGUCGAAGAUUGUUUGUCAAAAGGAUUUGAAGGUUGCAUUUCAAUGAAAUGCUCGUUUUAAUAUAAUCAGGAAUACAUGGCUUAUUCACAAUGACAGUCCAUAAACUUCAUGAUUUUCCAGUGUGAGCAUUCUGUAUCUGUAAUUAGUCAAUUUUUGACUGGUAAUAUUAUUAGUCUGUACCCUAAUGAUGCCAUUAUGUACUUGAGACGAAAUAUGUGCAACUGACGUCUCUGCUGUAACUGAAGACUGUAACCCUUUCUUGUAGAUCAUUCCUUCUACCGUUUUAUCUUGCCUGAUAGGUAAUGUUAGAACUUUGUAUUGGGCACACUGCAAUAAAAUAUUGGCAAGUGCGAGUGGUAAGAGGAAAAUGCGUGACUUUUUAUCGCUUGA